AUGCCUCUACAACCCCAAAAACUUGAUGAUAUUAAUAUUCUUAAUUCAUUUUGUUCGACAUUAAGUGGGGAAAAUUUUUUAGUAAAAGAUUCUAUAAUUGAAGAAAAGCGAAUUCUCUUGUUCACCACAAAGGCUAAUAUACAACACUUAUCUAAUUUCUUAUACUGGAUAAUGGAUAGUACCUUUAAGACUGCUCCAACUAUUUUUCGUCAAUUGUACACAAUCCAUGCACUUGUCGGUACAGGAGAUAAUUCAAGAGUUCUUCCUUUAAUAUAUGCAUUAAUAACAAAAAAAUCAGAAUUUUUAUAUAGAGCACUAUUUCAAGAUUUGAUUGAAUUUGCAGAAGAAAAUAAUAUUUUAUUAAGCCCCACAGCAAUUUUUAUAGACUUUGAACUUGUCGCAAUAAACGCAUCACAUAUUGAAUUUCCUAAUGAUUUUAGUAUAAAACUGCAUCAGUUGUUUGCAUUAGCAUUCUUACUAUCAAAUAAAAUUCCUGCAGCAUUUGAUAUCUUAAAGGAGGAAAUGCCCACGAAAACCAAGGAGCCAUUUACUACUUCUUUUUCUACUACAAAUGUGGAAUUUCAAAAGGAACAACAAAAAGUUGAGCAUCAAGUAGAAGCUAUUAUACGUGGUGCACAACAUCAAACACCUAAAAAAGGUACUAUUGAAAGAGAACAAAGGUUUGAUAUUAUAAUUAAUAAUUAG